CCAGCGAGUCAGUCAAGAGGCUCAACUCGAUAACGCUCAUUGAUAGUUUUCCAUUGACAAGACAUCAGUUGUGAGAGAAUACUUGCGUCGAUGAGAGUUUUGUUCACCUCCAUCGCCAUCGCUCUGCUUGGUCUCGCGCACGCGACCCCACUGAACGAUGCUCCGUCCGUAAAGCUCCAUGUCACAUUCAAGCGCAAGUCCAUGAAACUCCACGGACAAUCCGAGUUUGACAUCUACGCCUCUCCUGUUGUGUCAGCCGACGGGACCAGUGUGCUCUACAACAGCUACACGACGUUCCACGACGACGACUCCGAGCUCACGUACACUCUAGUUGAUGGAUCAGUCUAUCUGACGACGACAGAUGCCUCUGAUGCUGAAACCGUUCGGUGCCUCCCGUCCAACACUCUGCCGUUCGACGAGAUUCUACCUGCUCUCAACAGCGUCACACCCAUCCCCAGUGCCUCAAUAGGCGACAAGUCUGUCGAGUGUCAGAGUGGCAACCUCUUCAAGACGACGUUCGGUGGAUCUCACUAUGCUAUUUGCACGUCUGGUAAGGCUGGGUUUACCGCGUAUAGUAGCGAUUUAGACAUCGACGUCGAGUAUCUAGACGGCCCCGUCAGCGUCUCCAAGCCUGACUUGACGGAUGGCUCUACGUCGUGUGAAAUCGUUCAGACGGCUACAUCCCUAACGCCAACAGCGCUGGCUUUGGCAACUGGUAGCGAGGUCCCUACAAAGACGUUGAGGAAACUUAAACAAGCGGCUCACAUGGCGAUGGAGGCGACAGAGUGUGAUACGUGUCUGACCACACCUCGUCCGUGCAUCUUUCUGCACGGUUUGGGGAACCCAAACGAAGAAGCACAAUUGCAAGACAGCCCGAAGCUCACAAAGAGGAAAUAUGGUGACAUGCACGGCCACGCUCCUUGCUGCUCCGAGAUCAAGUACGCUGUCCUUAAUACGAAUGACGCAGGUUGGAGAAAUGACACUCUCCAACAGAGGUUCUGCGACCUCUCGCUCUCGAUGAGUAGUACCAGUGACGUCGCUGCUAAGGUCAUCGACAAUACUAUUAUCGUGACACACUCGAUGGGCGGACUCGUGAUGGCUCACGCUCUCGCUAAGGGCAAAUGCAGCUUCAGCAAGACGACGUCGUGGGUGGCUCUGAGCCCCCCGAUGUUGGGCAGUAUGGCUUCGGACUAUCUUAUGGACAUCUGCGACGAGAACAACGACAUCGCUGCGGGAUUAUUCGAGAUAGUGGGACAGUGUCCCAUGCCAAAGUCCCGCAAGUCUACCACUUACUUUGGCGGAAAGCACACGUCUCCGUCCAUUGACGCUGCCUAUGUGGCCGCUCAGGAUGCGUAUCGUAACAAUGUUGCAGCAGCGAUGUGCAGCGAUAGCUUCGUCGGACUCCUUUCAACCUACCAAGUUCCGUGCAUUUUUGCUGGCACUGUCGUUCCUCACAAGUCCAAGAAGAACGACGGGCUUGUCGAGUUUCAGAGCUGCUUGGGCGGCCUCGACGAGAACCUCUUUGGCAACCACUACUUGGAUCGAUUCUACAGACCCCAGCUGAACCACGCAGAUACGGCAUUUCUCACGGGCGAGGGCAUCCUUAAGAACUCCCAGAAGCCACACAAGUGGUUUGAAUGUCUAGCACUAUAG